UGCUGUUGGUGACCCGUGUCAUUGCCAAAAUAAACUGGGUGGCUGUUUAUUUUUUGUUAUUUGUAUUUUGCAAAUUGUCAAUAAAGUUUUUGGAGGGGAUAAAAAACAUUCAGGGACGCGUCAACACGGUCGCCAUCUUGGGCAGGGGAUUCUGACCAGUGUAUCAGACUAACACUAAAAUGCCACACUUUUGUGCCGCUUACGGAUGUUCCCACGAAAGAAACGCCAAAACUAAGCAACAAGGAAUAACAUUUCACAAGUUUCCUAAAGAUAAAUCGAGGAGGCAGGCAUGGACAGCAGCACUCAGGAGGAGAGCUUUUGUGCCAAAGGAGCACUCAGUCGUCUGCAGCUGUCAUUUCAAACCAGAAGACUUUGACAGGACUGGACAGUCAACUCGUUUAAGGGAAGGAGUGAUACCGUCAGUUUUUAAUUUUCCUGACCAUCAUUGCAAAGUGCCCAGUAGACGUAGGUUGAAAAGGACGUCACCUCAGGCAGCGGCAGAAUAUCAGCAAUCACGUUCGCGUUCGCCUGUCAACGGACUUGGAGAAGUCAACCUCAGUGAGAAGUCACCGUCAGUGAGGCUCAGUCAGGAUCACCAGUAUGCCUUUGUCCCAGUCCAAGCAAAACAGAAGUUGAUCGAAGCUCUCAAGAAGCUGGAGGCGUCGCAGCGGACCAUAAGAAAUGCCAGGGACAGAGAAAGAAGGCAGAAAAAGGCUAUGAAAUUCCUGCUAGAUGAUUUGAAAAAUAAACAAUUGCUAACGGAUAAUCUGCAGCAGAAACUCGACAGCUACUCUGUUUUUGAAGAAACCAUGGCUGAGCAUUUCCAUGUCAACACUCCUCUGCUGGAGAGUACCAGCAUGUCCAAGCUGGCAGGAACCCCGGUGUAUCUGAAGAUGGAGAACUCGCAGCCCUCUGGUUCAUUCAAGAUCAGAGGCAUUGGACACCUCUGCCAGCAGCUCGCCAGCCAGUCCAGAGGAGUUGUCUGCUCUUCAGGUGGUAAUGCAGGCAUGGCUGCAGCCUAUGUAGCCAGGAAAAUGGGUGUGCCUGCUACUAUCAUAGUCCCCUCCUCUACCCCUCAGCUGGUGGUCCAGAGGCUCCAGGAUGAGACGGCAACUGUCAAAAUAGUGGGCAAGGUUUGGGAUGAUGCUAAUGCAGAGGCUCUGAGACUGGCAGAAACCGAAGGACUCAUCUAUGUUCCUCCGUUUGAUCACCCCCUGUUGUGGCAAGGCCACGCCAGUGUGAUCACAGAGGUUGCUGCCUCGCUGGGUCCCAGUGUGAAACCCGGAGCUGUGCUGGUGUCCGUGGGUGGAGGGGGGCUCCUGUGCGGGGUCGUCCAGGGCCUGAAGGACGCAGGUUGGAAUGACGUGCCGAUUAUCGCCAUGGAGACAGUGGGGGCAGACUGUUUCAACGCUGCGGUCAAGGCGGGGAGAGUGGUCACUUUGGACGACAUCACCAGUGAAGCUAAAUGUCUGGGAGCAAAGACAGUUUGCAAGAAAGCCUUUGAAUACAGCCAGAGCAGCGAGGUGACCAUCAUCUCCGAAGUGGUGACUGACCAACAGGCUCUGAAUGCCGUCCAAAGAUUCCUAGAUGAGGAGCGGGUGUUGGUGGAGAUGGCGUGUGGAGCAGCGCUAGCAGCCAUCUACAGUGGACUUACCCUCAGAUUACAGGAUGAAGGCCGCCUGUCCCCUCUUUCAGGCCCCCUGCUGGUGAUUGUUUGCGGUGGCAGCGGCAUCAACAUGGAGCAACUGACCAAACUCAAACACAAACUCCAGCCAUGAACAGGUGUAUGAGAGUAGGUGUGUACGUGCGUGUGCAGGGAGAGAGUAUGUAACCAUGACAAAAACCCUAUGUCUGUGAAUGGUGAUUGGGAAGAUGAAUGAAUGGAUUUCUGGUAGAAGAAAAGAGAAAUUAAUGAAUUAGUUGUUAAUAUUUCUGUGUCAAUUUUAGAAAUGCAACAACAUGAUUCAAAUAAAACUCUAAGUAUAAAUUA